CCGCCUGGCCCCGCUGCCGGGCGCUCCCCGCCGGGCCGCCGCACACUUCGCUUUCCAGCCGGACCCGGCGCCCAGCGAGUACGGGCAAACUCAGAAGAUGAAUCUCUUCCAAUCCAUAACAAGUGCCUUGGACAAUGCUUUAGCCAAAGAUCCAACUGCAGUUGUAUUUGGUGAAGAUGUGGCCUUUGGUGGAGUCUUCAGAUGUACAGUUGGCUUGCGAGACAAGUAUGGCAAAGACAGAGUUUUCAACACCCCUUUAUGUGAACAAGGAAUUGUUGGCUUUGGUAUUGGAAUUGCUGUUACAGGUGCUACAGCCAUUGCAGAAAUUCAAUUUGCAGAUUACAUUUUUCCAGCAUUUGAUCAGAUUGUUAAUGAAGCGGCAAAAUAUCGUUACCGCUCUGGAGAUCUGUUCAAUUGUGGAAACCUCACCAUUAGAGCACCCUGGGGCUGUGUGGGUCAUGGUGCACUAUAUCACUCUCAAAGUCCAGAAGCCUUUUUUGCUCACUGUCCAGGAAUAAAGGUUGUUAUUCCAAGAAGUCCUCUGCAAGCCAAAGGAUUGCUGCUUUCAUGCAUAGAGGACAAAAAUCCAUGCAUAUUCUUUGAACCUAAAAUACUUUACAGAGCUGCAGUGGAACAAGUUCCGGUAGAGCCCUACAACAUUCCUCUGUCUCAAGCUGAGGUGCUGCAGACAGGCAGUGAUGUGACAAUGGUUGCUUGGGGCACUCAGGUACAUGUGAUCAAAGAGGUGGCAGCAAUGGCUCAAGAAAAACUUGGUGUAUCCUGUGAAGUUAUUGAUCUGAGGACCAUCUUACCAUGGGAUACAGAGACUGUUUGCAAGUCGGUGGCAAAGACUGGACGAUUGCUGAUUACCCAUGAGGCUCCAUUGACAGGAGGAUUUGCAUCUGAAAUCAGUUCCACUGUUCAGGAGGAAUGCUUUUUGAAUUUAGAAGCUCCUAUUACAAGAGUAUGUGGCUAUGACACUCCCUUCCCUCACAUCUUUGAGCCUUUCUACAUCCCAGACAAAUGGAAAUGCUACGAUGCUCUUAGAAAAAUGAUUAACUACUGA